AUGACUCACCUGCUUGAAAAGUUGUUCAUUUUUCUCCUACUUAGUGCACUGCUUGGAUUCUUUUUUCCUAUUCAAUGGCAUGUAGAAAUGACAGUUCACAAAGAAGAUUGGUUGAAAAUACAAAAUGAUCGUAAAACCAGAUUGGAUUCCAUCUGCCACAGCAAGAAUUUAAGAAAUUUAAAAAGAAAGCUGAAUGUACGCGUGGCUAGACAACUCUAUGUGGAUGAGAACUACAAAUUUAUCUAUUGUGAGGUGCCAAAAGUGGGCUGUUCUAAUUGGAAAAAAAUUGUUUUGCUACUCACACUCAACCUGAGCAGGGAGGUCUUUGAAGUAAACUCGGAGGAGGUCCAUAAAACAAACCUUCUAAAGCGGUUGAGUUCUUAUCCACCUGAACAACAAGAAGAACUUUUGAACUCCUUUACAAAAGUGAUGUUUACCAGACAUCCUCUAGAAAGAUUGGUCUCCGCUUACAGAGACAAAUUCUUGCAUAAUGAAACUUACUAUAGUAGCAAAGUGGCAAAUGAGGUUAAAGCCUUGUUUAGAAAGGACAAAAAUUUUACAGGGGUUGUGACUUUUCAAGAGUUUGUAAACUAUGUUGUGAGAAGGAAUCCUGAGCAUUUGGAUAUACAUUGGAAACCAAUGUUCCACUUGUGUGAUCCCUGCAAUAUUCAGUAUGACAUUCUGGGAAAGUAUGAGACGCUGGAGGAGGAUGCCACUCACACUCUCAGCAGAAUCGGAGCUCCAGAGAUUGUCCGUUACCCAGACAGUAAAUUUUAUACACAAAGAACAAACAAGAACCUCAGUACCCAAUAUUUAAGAAAACUGGACAGGAACCAAAUAGAGAAACUCAUGAAACUUUAUCAGAUAGAUUUCUCUUUAUUUAAUUACACUUUCACUGUUGAAAUGGAAAUGUCAUUUUCAGGCUAA